CGCCUUGGACGUAUGCCUUGGGAAAAAUUCAAGUGGUGUGAACUCUUAGACGCGUUUUUGGUAUGAAGUUCGGUAGUGAUCGCUCCUCCUAUUUGGUAGUUCCAUUUUCAUGGUCAUGGAAUUUAGUUGAUCAAAGCUUCAGUGAUUUCUGUUGUUUACCUUCUUACUCUGUGCUUCCUACAGAGCUUAGAGAAGGAUACCGAUGGGGACAAACGGAAACGGCCAAUGUUUCUUUCCUCUAACAAGUUUACAAAUCGGAGACUUACAGUCCUAUCUUUCACAUCUUAGCCUUUUUCUUCCCCCCGAGACUAGAAAAUUAUAUAUAUUGGUGGACAACCGGCCAUGGAAAAACUUGGAUUCCCGGGCUGCACACCUGUGGCAGUUGAUGGUUACCAAGUCCAGAUUGUCCCCAUUUGCAAACACUAAAAUGCGACAGAAGAGAAAGGAUUUUGGAAAGAGGCUUGAUUUGAAUAGUGGUCUCAGUUCUAACACGAGUAAAGUGAAAAAAUUUGAGAGAUGGUUCCGAUUGAUUGAGAGAGCAACAUCAUCACGGAAGAAUGCUUUGCUGCCUGUGAAAAAAUUGAAGAAUUCUUUUCUCUCAAGCCAUGACUUGUAUCGGACCCUGUAUGGAUUUAUUGUUUUUGAGGUUGCAUGGGCUGAUGUCCGUGGUAUUAACUAUCUGAAUGAGCUUCAGACAGAUACAUCAGUGGCAUUAGAGGCUAAAUUUAUGAAGCGCUGGGAGUUUGAUAGUGUACAACAAGCUGCAGCAUCAGUUUCUGCUUGGUUCUCUGGGACACAAUCUGAACAUAUUCUCUUGCAAGAAUAUCUAAGUUCCAUCAUAGGAGAGGUGUUCUAUGAUGCUCAAGACUGUGACCCCAAUGACAGUGGUGAGAGUAUUUGUAUUGACGGUGGGCAUGCUGAAGACGAAUGCUCCGGUGACCUUGGUGGCAAUUUUAGUGUAUACCCUGGAAAUGCUGAAUACAGAAUGAACACAUAUCACACACCUCCACCCCCUACUGGCUCGUACAAGAGAAGGAAAAUAACGAAAUGCAAUAGUGCUGGAGGUGAAGUUGGUGCAUUUUCUGAGAAAAUUCAUCCUGAAAUUGGUAGCUCCCCGAAACAUACAGGAGCUUCAAUGUCAGGCACUAGUAGUGAUAGUGAAAAUGCAGUUGAAGCUACCCAGUACAGAGAUGUCUUGAUUUUGUUCAAGUUUGAUGACCCUUACCUUCCAUUUAAAUUGAGACCCAUCAUUAUGUCUGAUCUGCGGUUACUUACCUUAUUGGAGUCUGGGCUUCCAUCUUGGGUUAUUUUUCUUCAGUCAUAUCCAGUAUUUUGCCAUCUCUAUCGUCCAUGGAUGUGUCCUCUAGCAAGAGCUCUUUAUGUGCUGGUUUCAGUUGUCACAGUGCUGAUAGGGUUUUAUGACCUGUACAAAAAUGUCCCACUUCUGAAGGCUACUGCAUCACGUUUGUGUGGGCCCCUCGUUGACUGGAUAGAUUCCUGGGAGAUGAUUUCAAGGAUUAAGUACUUGGGUACUAUGCUAUUUUUACAUAAUUUUGAGAAAGCCGUUAAGUGGUUUUUAACGAUUAGCCGGACUAUUAAAUCAUUUCUUUCAGUUCUGACGCAACCAAUGGAUGGGCCACUUGUUGAGCUUUUGGGUUUCCUUAUUCCCAUUUGGAAUAUAUGUCUCCAAGUAGUAGCAAGCUUCUGUUCAGUUUUCUGGGUUGCAAUUAGGUCUUCUUGCAGCUUAGUUGUGGAUCUAGUGGAGAUCUUAUUCUUCCCAGUGCAGUUAAUCCUUUCUUUCACAUGGAGCAUUGGCUCCUCCAUUCUGUACCCAAUAUUUUGGGCCAUCUGGGAAAUACUAUACAUACCUAUCCGCCUGGUUCUUUUGAUUGGAAGUUUUAUAUCUUCUGUCUACUCCUGCACAUAUGCUUUUGUGGGAGAGAUUUGGCUGUUUGUGAGUAGUAUAUUCCAGAUUGCAUCGGCUUCUGAGGCAACAGUGAGCACAUAUGAAGUUUCCAUGUGGCGUUCACUGUGGAAUGAUCUUUUCUCUCAGGUUUUUCGUGCUAUUCGAAGCAUAGUAAAUGGCUUUGUUGCCUUUUUUGCAACGUGCAACAGGCACCGCUUAAGCAUCUAUAAUCAUAUCCUGGAACUUUUCCGGCAAUUAUCUUGCCUAUCCCACAGAUCACGGUCCCGGGGCACUAGUCAUUAUGGACAGAAAUAUGGAGCCCACCAUUCGUUGGAUGCGAGGAACAGCCAUGCCAAAAACUCACAGAAAACACAUGAGAAAAAGCAUGUUUGAGACGGCCGCUGAGGAACACAGAUUGAUGAUAGAUAUUAGAAGUGCAUAUUCUGCAUCCCAUUCAGUUACUGAUCUAGGAAGUACUCCAUUUAGUUUGUUAUUUCUAUCCAUUAUUUAUUCUUUUGGCAGUCAACUCUUCUCAAACUUCUGUGAUGUAAAUAUUCAUAAGAUAGUAUGUAAAGCUCCCCCAAUUCCUUUUUUUUUUU